AUGAAGCUUGAAAAAGCAGAUAUCAAGCUAAACCUGAAGAUUUACCUAUGCGAACCCCUCCCUUAUCGUUCAACGAACAAGUCGUUCACAUCAGGCACAUCCAUCUUGCAGGAGUCAAGACUGGUGUUGAUUCGUUCGUUAUCAAUAUAUGGACCUCGACUUAAAAGCAUCAAAGUUGCUGAACUGGUUGAAUCCCAAGAAUCAAUUUCUUCAGAUGACGCGAUUGCCAUUGAGGCCAGAAAGCGGAGAUAUAAAUUGAUUCCUACAAACAGACAGAAACAUAUUGAUGUGAAUGAAGAGCAAAUACCCACUCCUAGACCUCAAGGAGUCCCCCAAGAGUAUGAAGAUGAAAUGGAUGUGCUCGUUCCUGGGAUGACUAGACCCAAGCCUGCCAAAGCCGUAUUUCACAGGAGGAAAGGAUAUACAAAAACACCCAAGCUGACAAUAGACGCUGCUAGAGAUAUACUUAAAUCAAUCGAAGAAAAAGACAGAAUUCCCCAAGGUGUAAGCAGGACUGGUAAUGAACUUUACAGAUAUUGGACAUCAGACCCAAAAACAAGCAAGAUGAGACAAUUUAUCCCAUUAAAUACGGAACAUAUUCCUAGACUUGCACAUAAUUUGGAUCGUGUGUUAUUCUCCCCUGGUGUUCAUUUCUUACAAGAUCCUCGAACCCGAGUUUAUAAUUUCCCGCCUUUUUUAAAGAAUGUUAUCAGUCAUAAGGAUUUCAAAUUUGAAGCGUUGGAAGAAUUCAAACCAGCUUCGAGAGAUAAGGUAUUAUUCGAGCAUGCCAAGGAAGCAUCGGCCAAAUUUUACUCAUCCACUUCAUCUAUGACUCAAUUACUCAGUAAGUUGUAUUUGUUCUGGAAUGAUUAUGAUCCAGCCAAUGCUGACAGGUUUGGCUAUGUACCCUUUACUGGCUUAUCGUUCCGAUUGGCAUCAAGCAUGAUUGUUAAACCUCAGGGUCAAGAUGAUAAGGGCCAGACUAUAUAUUCUAUGGAAUCAGACCGUUCAUGUGAUACCGAAUUCUUAUUGCUGGCCAUGGGGAUGUGUUUAGAGACAUUAUUAACCAAUCCCGAAGAUGAAUUUGUGAAAUUCCAUAAGGAUAAUGAUUCUGAAGUCAAGAACCAAGCUAAUGUAUAUAAUUAUGCUACCUAUGGUGAUUUUCUCAUGAGAUCACAAUUGGAUUGUUAUGACGAGAGAUUACCGGGGAAUGGGACUUUUGAUUUGAAGACCCGUGCUGCUUUAUCAAUUCGAUCUCGACUGCAUGAACCCAGCAUGGAGCAUAGCCAGUAUCAAAUUUGGCAAACCAAUGGUAAAUAUGAAUCAUUUGCACGAGAGUUUAGAGACAUGAUCAGAACUGGAGCCUUAAUGAAGUAUAUGUUCCAAGCUAGAAUCGGGCAAAUGGAUGGUAUAUUCGUAGCUUAUCACAACAUUAGUUCCAUUUUUGGAUUCCAAUACCUUCCAUUAUCAACCUUGGAUAAACUUUAUUAUAGUCACGUCAAAUUUUCUGACCCUUACGCCGAUGUUCCAAUUGACCAGAUAAGUGAAGAACAUCUCGAUGACAAAGCAUCACAAGUAGCUGAUGUUCAAUUCCGAUUUUCUUUGGAUCUCUGGCAAACUUUAUUAAAUAACCAUAUUUUAAAGGAUUUGGAAGAUCCUAAUCAACCAUUUAGACUAGUUGUUAAUUGCAGAAAGGUAGCAGGCGGAAAAAUCCUAGAAGCAUACGCCGUGCCAAUUACCGAAACCGAAGUUGAUGAGAUUCAACAGUUCCCCAAACAAUUUGCAACCGCAUUUAAUGCCAAGGGGUUAACUCAUACAGAAAGAUUGAAGAAUUUAAAAACGCACAGUGAAUCAUUGAAGGAGUUCAAUGAGAAAAUAACCAAGGAGAAGGAUAUUUUGCUUUACAAGAUUUCACUUGUGAAGAGUACCGUGAAUGGUAAACAAAUGCGUGUACAUCACUUGCCCGAUGACCCAGAUAAUUGGAGAGUCAAUUAUAGAAUUGCAAGACUUACUUAUGAACAAAAUUCUAUAAUGGCAAGAUAUUUGUCAUGUCUUAACUAUAUUUCCGACACUAUAGUUGUGGGAGAUCAAGAAACACCUAAAACAACUAUACUUGAUGUUUUAGAAAAAGUCGGACAACUUAGAAAGAGGCAAUGGGAUAAACAGGAAGAAAAGCAAGGAAAGAUUGUAUAUAGUCCAAAGGAAUAAAAGUGUUGUAUAUAGUUACAUAUUACUAAGGAAGUAUCAUCUUUUUUAUAAAACCUAUCGCAAAAAUUUGCAACGUGCUUUGUAGUUACAUAGUAGUACAGGUAAAUAAAAAAUAAAAGUUAUUCCAUGCAUAGCCGAUAUGAAUAACCUAAUAUGGGAAACAAUGUUCCAGACCUACAUCUGAGCAACCAAUGUAAACAAUAAUAAUUUUAUUAUGUAAUCCAGUUCAGGUCGUGUAUUUUGACCAUCCGUGUCUCAGCCCUGAUAUGACAUAAUCCAACAGAACAAAGGAUUUAAUGACGUAUGGGACAAUGGUAAUGGUCGACACAUAACUUUGAGGCGAGCACUAAGUCCGUUUUGUCACACAUCAUACGCAAAAUGAGCUCAUAUUAUGUCCGAUUACUGCAGUCUGAACUCCGAAGCUGACAGGACAACUAAAUUGGAGGCAGGUUGGUUCCACCUGUAAAAAUACACACAAAAAUAUGACACGGGCAGAAUGGCCAUGCAACAGCGCACCACCAAAUUUUUUAGGGCACAACCAUUGAGAUGGCCGCUAUAACCAU